UUCCAUCAUACCAAUCAUGCCAUGAUUGUAGUAUAGAAUCCUGUGUCCCAGAUCUCCAAUCAUCCUACGAUUAACAGUUAGAUAUCUGCAAAGCAGCCGAAUAGCGAACAAUAUAAUUUAAUAAUUCAUUAUCGAUCAAUCUCAUCAGAAGGAAGAAACGAGGACCCUGUUUUGUUGGAAAACGAUCUCAUAUUCUUGUAACUGUUUCUUUUUCAAUUUUUUCCAAUCGCAAUUGUCAUGAAUAUCAGGUUCUUCGUCAAUCUCGGUCGUUGUUGACUUGGAGGAGUUGGUUGAAUCCUGCUUGUCGACCCCAUGGAUGAUUUCAAGAAGCAGCAGGUAAAUGAUUCGCAUGAAGUUCACACAUCUUAUUUCUCUCCAAACUGUGCUGUAGCAUCAUGGAACACACAAGGGGAGAGUCAUAUCUCGAGUGAGAAUGGAAAUCUUUCCAAUUCUUGCAACAAUCAGCUAGUUGAGCCAGCCAUGAAAAUUGUUCAAGAUGGAAGUAAUGUGGCUCCUACCAUCUCUUCAUCAACUUCGGUAUCUGCAACUGUUGGACAAGGUUAUAGUGGUUAUGCCACUUAUUCAAAUACGGAUCCUUAUGGAUAUAGCAGUACAGGUUAUGCAGCUUACUACAGUCCAUAUCAACAGAAGCCCGGCCAAUAUCAACAGCAGCCCAGCCCAUAUCAACUGCAAGCUAGUCAGUAUCCACAACAACCCCCACAGUAUCAGGAGCAACUCACUCAGUAUUCACAGCAACCUAAUCAGUCUUACCCACACCACGUAGGAGCAUAUCAAAACACAGGUGCUCCUUAUCAGCCUCUUUCCUCAUUUCAAAAUACAGGGUCUUAUGCUGGGCCUGCAAGUUACCCAAGCACUUAUUACAAUCCUGGUGAUUAUCAGACGUCUGGAAGUUAUACGAGUAGCAGCUAUGGUACCCAGACCAAUUCGUGGGAUGGAGGGCAAUAUGCGACGUAUGGUUCUCAACAGUAUCAAAACUACACUCAAGACUCCAAUUCAGCCUAUAGUUCGACCUCUGCUGUCGCGAGUUCCCAGUAUCAGCAACAUUAUCAGAAGCAAUGGGAGGAUUACUAUAAUCAAUCUCAAGCUGAAGUUAGCUGUGCACCAGGGACUGAGAAACUAUCUGUCCCUGUUGUGUCUAGUGUGAGUACUUCUGUUCCUAGUGGAUGUCUUCCACAAACAACAAUCAAUCAGAUGCCUACAGCUUAUACAGUUGUAUGGAAUCCAGAGUCUAGCUCAUCUGAAAUGACUUCUGUUCAGUCUGUCCCAUUAAGUGGCAGUACCCAUGUAGGUUACUUGAAUCAUGGGCCUUCUGCUUUCCACAACGACCCAUCUAAUUCUGUACAACUGCAAGCUCCAAAGCCACCAGAAGUAACUCCUACAUACGAAGGUUUUCAAAACCAACAGAACUCCACUUAUAUCCAAGGAUCUACUGCAAUGUUUCAAGCUUCUUACCCGGUUUCUCAGGAUCACCAGUCAUCCCUGCAAACAGUUUCACAACCUUCUGAACCUCUUGACUCACUCAAGGCACCCAAGCUGCAAAUGUCAGCAAAUCCUAGAAUUGCUCCAAAUUUACCCUUGAAUCAAGUAAAAAAUGAGCAAGGUAGCUCUGUGACUGGUGGAGCUGCAAAACCUGCGUAUAUCAGUGUCCCAAUGCAGAAGCCGGAUGAAAUAUUUGCGUCAAAUGAUGAAGUUGAUACAACACCCAAGCCUGGUGUAUUUCCAAAAUCAUUGCGCGGCUAUGUUGAGAGGGCUUUGGCUCGCUGCAAAACUGAUAGACAAAAGGCAGUUUGCCAAGCUAUAAUGAAGGAGAUUAUAACUAAAACGACGUCUGAUGGUACACUUUACACGAAGGAUUGGGACAUGGAGCCUCUUUUCCCUAUGCCAAAUGCUGAUUCUGUUGGGGAUAAUACACAACUGCUGAUGCUAUCAUCCGCGAUGCCAAAGAGUAGGAGUCCUAGUCGGAGAGCCAAAAGUAGGUGGGAGCCUGUUCCGGAGGAAAAGGUGGUUCACAAAUCUGCUACUAUUUCCCCUGGAACUGCAGUACAUGGAAGUUGGAAUUACAAACAGGUUUCUGGUGGAAAAACAGAGAGCAAAGGCAAUUUGGGAUCCAGAGUUUCUUUUACAUAUCAAAAAGGUUUCAGCAAAAAUGCUGCUAGACCUGCUAAGAGGCUGCGUCUUGGUGAAGACCUUAAUACUGAUGAUGCAGGUGAACCUUCUAGCGAUAGUGACAAGGAACAAUGUUUGACAAAAUAUUAUUCUGCUGCAACUACACUUGCAAAUUCACCAGAAGAGAAGAAAAAACGUGAAAAUCGAUCAAGGCGCUUUGACAAGGGGCAUGGAAAUCGGGCAGGAAAAAGUAAUUUUAGAGUGAGUGACGUUGGAACUGGUAUUAUGCACUCAAGAAGAGCUAACGCCUUGGUACUUAGCAGAACUUUGGAGGAAAGUGGUAGCAGGGCUGUUGAAGAUAUUGAUUGGAAUGCCCUUACUGUCAAGGGAACUUGUCAAGAAAUUGAGAAACGCUACUUGCGGCUUACUUCUGCACCUGAUCCUGCUACGGUGAGACCUGAAGAGGUGUUGGAAAAAGCACUGCUGAUGGUUCAAAAUUCUCCAAAGAAUUACCUUUACAAAUGUGACCAGUUAAAAUCAAUACGGCAAGAUCUUACUGUACAACAUAUACAUAACGAGCUUACAGUAAAGGUAUACGAAACUCAUGCUAGAUUGGCAAUCGAAGUUGGGGACUUGCCAGAGUAUAACCAGUGCCAAUCACAAUUAAAAACACUCUAUGCAGAAGGAAUUAUGGGAUGUCAUAUGGAAUUUGCAGCAUACAAUUUACUAUGUGUAAUAAUGCACUCAAACAAUAACAGGGACCUUCUGUCAGCAAUGUCCAGAUUGCCAGCUGAUGCUAAGAAGGACAAAGCAAUAAAGCAUGCUCUUUCAGUUCGUAGUGCUGUUACAUCUGGGAACUAUGUGAUGUUUUUUAGACUUUAUAAGAUGGCGCCUAAUCUUAAUACCUUCCUUAUGGAUCUUUAUGUUGAAAAAAUGCGAUAUGCAGCUGUGAAGUGCAUUGCUCGUUCAUACCGUCCUACAGUUCCUGUGGCAUAUCUUUCCCAGAUUCUAGGAUUCACUAAUGCAUUGCCUACGACUGAACCAGAUGUAGAAAAAGAAUUGGAUGGGAUGGAGGAGUGCCUGGAUUGGUUAAAAGCUCAUGGUGCAUGCGUAAUUGUAGAUAGCUCUGGAGAAACAUUACUUGAUGCAAAGGCCUCUGCAUCAACUCUUUUUAUGCCAGAGCCUGAAGAUGCUGUGUCGCAUGGAGAUGCAAGUCUUGCAGUUAAUGAUUUUUUGACUCGGAGUUUAGUGGGUUUUUUUGGAAAUGUCUACAAAUCUUUUAUCCAUUCAGUAUCGUCAGCAUCCGCUGUCACAGGCGCCCUAGUGUUGCCUAACCCUUAUGAGUGGAUGUAUGAUAGUGGUGCUUCACAUCAUAUGACGGGCUACUUGGAAUUUCUUUCUGAUAUUCGGGAUAUUCCGCCUUGGUCUGUGCAGUUCGAUUCCAGUCUGGACUUUGAGUCUUUACUGAAACCGCAAGUCAUCGGGACUAGUGCCAUUGUUUUGCUGAUUCUUCUCUUUUGUUUUGUGGCUUCUAAGCAAUCACUUAGUGGAAAAGGAAGUGAUCGAGCGAUGACAACCAGGAGGUGGGCUUGGAAGCAGCCAUCAUCAAUAGGGGCGAGUCACUUCGAUAUCCCGGGACACCGAGAAGACGCGAGUAAGCCUAGUAAAGGCCCUAGCGCCAUUUACCUUAUUCCGAGAAGUAUGGGUUUUUACGGAGUACAGUGGAUUAGUACUCACGCCCCACUAUUAUCAUUUCUAGGUCACAGUGUCGGUGCAGAGAUUUCCGCUACGCAUUUCAAGUUUCGAACCUGUAUGUUGAGUAAUUUCAGACUUACAGAUUUUAAGUAG